AUACCUACCCGACUCAAUACCAAGGCAUUCAUUCAACACAGCCUGGGCUGAGCACAUCGAUCCGCUUAAAAGCAGAGGAGUGAGACUAAUCCCCGCACCUGCCCCAAAUCGUUAUCCUAUGAUCUAUACAUCGAUCUAGUCCUAUUCGCAACUUCCACUCGCAAUCCCCCACAUCUCCAUCAUGAAAACCUUCUACCUAUGCAUCGCCGUCGCCCUCCUCAGCGCCAGCACAGCCGUCGCUCAGCCGCGCCACCGCGGGGCGCCCCAGCCCAUCCGGAACAUGUUGCGCCCAGACAUGCGGGUCCUGCCCGUCAACACCGACAAAGACGCCCCCCCGCAAGAUGAUAAGACGGGAAGCGUUAAGCGCCGUGACGGCAGCGGCCUUCUCCCGGAUACCUCGGCGUUGCCGGGUGGGAAGGGCUGGACGAGCCUUGUGAGGCAUGAGUGUGGUGGGGGGUUUGAGUUUGCGCCGAAUCUACCGAUCGGGUUCAAUAUUGAUGUGCCAUCUAUCGAACGGGGUUUGAGCGCUGCUGUGAAACGAGCCAAGAAGCGUGCAAAGUGCCGAUGCCCAACUCUGUCCGACGACGACUAUGACCUCCUCUUCGACCCAAUGACAGCCUGGCUAAACGCCGUCGGCAACACCACCGAGCCCACCACCCAAUGCCCCGGCCAGUUCCCCGUCAACCUCCUCGACUUCGCCAAGGCCUACGACUUUAUCAACUGGCCCACAACCUGCACGCUCGCGGGCUGGCGCUCCACGUCCAAAUGCACGCUCCAACAGACCUUCCCAGCCAUGUCGGUCUCCAUCGGCGCCGCAUUCUGGAAAUGCCCCAACAGCCCGCUCCCCGGGUUCGCGCUCAACUGCCUGGGCGAGAACUGCAAGACGAUCCUGCAGCCGUGCUCCAAGGACGCGGAUUGCGCGGGGGGCAGCGUGGCGUGCGCCCUGUUUCCGUCGUCGACGGAUCUCGCGGCGGUGCUGAAGGAGCAGGCGGGGUUCCUGAGUGAUGUGUUGAAGGGGAUGAGUCUUUACGAGGAUGGCGAGGCCCCCGGAUGCUUCAACGACCCCGCCGACACGACCAUCACCAACAACCUCGUGACCAACAUCCUCACCUACGUCCGGUCCUGGUUCCCCAACACAGGCGUCACCGACGUGUUUGGGCUCUGCGGCUUCGGCAGCUUCAAGAAAUCCAACCCCGGUUACGGCCACACGACAUCGUUGUUCCCGGUGGGAACGGCGCCGCCGACGUGUUUUGAUAGCGUGAUGAAUAUGCAGGUUACCGGGAAGGGGUUGGUUGCGUGGGACGGAGCGAUUGGGGGCGGGAAGAAUGCGGUGGAUGCGGGACAGACCGUUUUGGAGCCGACUUUGAGAGGCGUCCUCGACCGCCCGCAAACCACCCUAACCCCGCCCAAAGCCCGUCUCGCGCAAGCCACCUGCACGGGCGAAUUCCUCUUCCUCGACGGGCUCAUCCGGGUCCGUUUCAACCCCACGGGCCUGCCCGCGCUGCUCAGCUACGUCCAACAGCUCGCGAAAACACAGCAAGAGUGCCGCAUCGGGAAGAGUCUGACCGCGGAUCAGUUCAGCGUGCGGUGGGGGAUGUACUCGCUCGAUCCGUGGUUGUUUGCGGCGGAUGCGGGGAAUCCCGGGACGUUCAAACUGGGCGCGGCUCUGCCCGGCGGUGCGUUGGAUUGGAUGACCGAUUUCAAAAACGGGAUAGCCCCAACAACCCUCGCCCUCCCCUCGACCUGCUCCUUCACCACCUGGCUGCUAACCGGCACCUGCAACAUCGAAUACACCGGCCUCGCCGAGCUGCUUCAGCUGGACGUCAAGGUGCAAGGCAACGCGCAGAAAUGCUCGGGGGCCAUCUGGCCGUCGUUGAACCUCGAUUGUGUGGGGGCCGACUGCCAGUACUUGAUGACGGCCAAGCCGUGCGCGACGGGCUCGGACUGCGGGGCCAGCGCGCUGUGCACUCGGGUUCCUGAAGGCAUAUUGCCCAACGACAAGGACAUCACGAUGCCCGAUCUUCUCGGGAUGAGUCUGUUCACCAACAACGCGAGCGCCAACAUCUGCAACGUGUUCGACCGGAAGUUCAAGGACGGCUCGGCGUGCGGGGCUGCGAGCGUCGUGGACCAGGAUUACGACGUGUUGGCGCAGUUUGUUUUCGGGGGGGUGCCGAAUGAAAACCCCAAGAAUGGAAGGAAAUACUGCCUUCCCAACACCGACUUUAUCCACGGCGGCCGUAUCACCGCUUGGGCCAAGAAACAAGCCGUCGUCAGCACCGACAAUGUGGUGACGAUCCCCAGUCUAGGCGCGCUGACCAGCUACGUUGACCCGGAUCCGUCCUCCUCCUCGGGGACGGCCUCGUCCUCCCCGAAACAAACCUCCUCGGGAUCUUCCUCGUCCUCGGAAACCUCCUCCUCUCUCCUCCCCCUCGGCAGCGUCUGCCUGCAAUCCUCGUCGUGCGCCAGCAGCAACUGCAUCGGCAGCGUGUGCGUGCAGCCCAACCUCAAGCCCGCCGACGCCGAUUGCAACAAGGACAAAGAAUGCGCCAGCGGCGUGUGCGCCUCGUCCGUCUGCGCCUCGUUCUUCUCCGUCGCGGCCGGCGGGCAGUGCACGAUCCACGCGCAGUGCGAGAGCGGGAACUGCGUUGACCGGUUCUGCGCGGCGAGGGGGAAGGUGGGGUUGAACGCGGGGUGUGCGGCGGAUGGGGAGUGUGCGAGUGGGAGUUGUUAUGCGGGGGCGUGUGUGGUGCCGGGGAAGAAGGGCGCGGUUGGGGGGAGUUGCAAGGCUGCGGAGGAGUGUGAGAGUGCGACGUGUGAGCAGGGGAAGUGUGCGUUGAAGGUCGCGGCGAGUGGGAAGGCGUCGUUGGUUGCUGUGCUUGUGCAGGUCAAGACUGGCUUCACAGCAAACACAACUGCAACCAUCCGAACCCCCGGCAACCUCGCCCUAACGCUCGUCCCCGGCGACAACGCCCAAGUCAACGUCACCGUGUCCCCGGACCCGCCCAGCGGGGUCACUGCCCUCGCCAAGGGUCUCAACACGUACUAUCACUUUGACACGGACUCAGCGUCGUUUGUCGCAACCUUGGUCGUGUCGUACACCGAUGAAAUGCUAGCCACCCUCGGCGUGACGCCCGAGAAGCUCAAGUGGGCGCGGGCGUCCUCCUCGGGCGGGGCCUGGCAGGAGGUAGAGACGAAGGUGGACACGAGCAACAAGAAGGUGAUUGCGUCGACGAGCACGUUCUCGACAUGGACGAUUGGGGCGUCGUCGUCGGCGGCGGUGAUGCGGGGGGUGCACGGUUGGGGGUGGUGCUGGUGGGCGUGUUGGUGGGGAUUGUUGGGCCGAGCUUUGUUUAGGGUGUGGUGUGAGGGGGGUGAAUUGUAACACUCAGUGGUGUGGCGGGGAAUGGAAUAGUGUCGUUUUUUUGCGUUGACAAUGCCGUCGUGCAAGAACAAGAAAGGGAGGUUUGCGAAAGUCAUAUUCCCAUUGCUA